AGCAAAUAAAAAAGAUGGCGUCUGCAAACACGGCAGGAAAGAAGUUUACGGAGUUGAACAGGACAUUUCUCUUUUCUUCCAAUUAAGCUUUCCUGCUGAGUGACAACACUGACGACAAACUGUUUUCCGCUGUGAAAUCUCGUGAUCUGAAGCAUCGCCACCAGUUCUUUGAUAGAUCAACAUCCAGCCAGUAUGAUGAUUAUCAUAUCUGGGGCAUGCUGUAAAAGACAAAAGGUUGAAAUAUCGAACUCCUGUCUUCCAUCAAGAUAAGAGAUUCAUAACAUUGGACACAAAAAGUGAAAGCAAUCGUUCCUUUUCUCUGUAAAAAAAACUUUGUCAUCAAGCCUUAACCUGAAGAGUCACAAGGGUGUGGACUCAUCUGAGACACUGUUUCCUCAUGAGACCUGCGGUAUAGCUUUUCUGAGCGAGGUAAUCUGUGCGUCCAUUCUUGUGAGAAACCAUUUGUUUGUGAGACCUGUGGCAAGGUUUUGACUUCCCCAAGGUACGCAUACAGGACAGGCAACAUACAUGCUACGGGAACAUUCUGAAGAGAAAGGAUAUGUUUGUAAGACCUCCAGUAAAGUCUAGUCUCAGCAAGGUACACGUAGUCUUAACAGAUGUGAACACUAUGCAGACUGAUGAGAAACCAUUUGUUUGUGUUACUUGUGGUAAGGCCUUUUCAGAGCAACAAAAACUGAACAGACACCAGAGGUUGCAUACAAAAGAGAAACCAUUUACUUGUGAGAUUUGUGGUUAUAGCUUUCCUUACCUAAGCUAUCUUCAAGAACAUAUCAAGGUGCACACUGGUGAGAAACCAUUUAGUUGUGUGACCUGUAGUAAAGCCUUUUCUCAGCGGAGUAGUCUGAACAGACAUGAAAAGAUACACAAUGUUGAGAAGCAGCUUGUUCGCAAGACCAGUGAUAAAGCCUUUUCAGUUCAAGGUCAUCUACACACACAUGAGAGGAUGCAUGCUAUACAGAAACCUCUUGUUUGUGAGACUUGUGGUAAAGGCUUUUCUCGGCAAAGUUCUCUAAACAGACAUGAAAAGAUACACACUGGUGAGAAACCACAUGUUUGUGAGACUUGUGGUAAAGGCUUUUCUCGGCAAAGUUCUCUAAACAGACAUGAAAAGAUGCACACUGGCGAGAAACCAUUUGUUUGUGAGACCUGUGGUAAAGCAUUUUCUUCUGGAACUUAUCUAUGUGAACAUGAGAGGGUGCAUACGAGAGAGAGACCUUUUGUUUGCGAGACCUGUGGUUCAGCCUUUUCUCGUCAAAAAUAUCUACGCGUACAUGAGAGGGUGCAUACAAGAGAGAGACUUUUUUUGCGUGAGACCUGUGGUAAAGCCUUUUCUGAGAAAGAAAAACUGAACAAACAUGAGAGGGUGCACACUGGAGAAAAAACAUUUGCUUGUGGUAUCUGUAGCAAAGACUUCACUCAGCAAGAAUAUCUUCUGAAACAUAUCAGGGUUCACACUUACGAGAAACCACUUGUUUGUGAGACCUGUGGUAAAGCCUUUUCUACCCGAAGUUAUCUACGCAUACAUGAGAGGGUGCAUACGAGAGAGAGACCUUUUGUUUGUGAGACCUGUGGUAAAGCAUUUUCUAGUCAAAGUUAUCUACGCCAACAUGUAAGGGUGCAUACCAGAGAGAGACCUUUCGUUUGUGAGACCUGUGGUAAAGCCUUUUCUGGGAAAGGAAAACUGAACAAACAUGACAGGGUGCACACUGGUGAGAAACUUUUUGCUUGUGAGACAUGUGGUAGAGCUUGUGCUACUCCAGGUGAUCUUCGCAUACAUGACAGGGUGCACACUGGAGAAAAAACAUUUGUUUGUGGUAUUUGUAGCAAAGACUUCACUCAGCGAGAAUAUCUUCUGAAACAUAUCAAGUUUCACACUGGUGAGAAACCACUUGAGAGGGUGCAUACGAGAAAGAAUCCUUUUGUUUGGGAGACCUGUGGUAAAGCCUUUUCUCAGAGAGGAAAAUUAGACAUACAUGAGAGGGUGCACACUGGCGAGAAUAUAUUCGCUUGUGAGACAUGUGGUGAAGCUUGUGCUACUCAGGGCGAUCUACACGUACAUGAGAAGGUGCAUACGAGAGAGAAACCUUUUGUUUGUGACUUCUGUGGUAAAGCCUUUUCUCAGAGAGGAAAAUUAGACAUACAUGAGAGGGUGCACACUGUUGAGAACAUAUUCGCUUGUGAGACAUUUGGUAAAGCUAAUCCUACUCAAGAUGAUCUACGCAUACAUGAGACAGUGCAUACGAAAGAUAAAGCUUUUGUUUGCCAGUCCAGUGGUAAAGCCUUUGCUACUCACAGUAAUCUUUGCAAACAGGAAGGAAUGCACACUGACGAGAAACCAUAUCUUUGCAAGACCUGUGGUAAAGCUUUUGCUGCCCACAGUGAUCUGAGCAAACAUGAGAGUAGGAGAGAAAUCUUUUGUUUGUGAGACCUAUUGAAGGAAACAUUGUAACUUUUUAAUUUGUCUUUGCGUACCUGGACACGUUUGUUAACACAUAUUAUACGUUAUACAUUUUUUUGUAUUUUUAAAUUAUUGGAUUGUUUACAUUUAAAGGGGCACAUCGUCCUGAAGAGCACCAACAUGUAGGCCUAUAUGUUGUUUCUUACAAGUUCGCAGCAUGCAAAGCACUGGUGGAACAUGUGUGACUGGAAGCAAGACAAGGACCAAAACAGCUAGAUUAUUCUGAGCCAAUUUUGACUCGAGAAAUUCGUUCUCGCAAGAAUAACACAAAAAUUCCCAAAAUUUUAAAGGAUGAUUGUGGGGCAUUUAUAUUCUACUUCUAAAUGCUCUUUCCACUUAACAUUAUUUCGUUUAAAGCACGUUUUGAAACCUUUACAGGCACUUUACAGGACGUAGUGUGCCCUUAAGUGUUAAAUGUGUACAUUUGAAAUUUCUGUUUGGGUACCUGAAGGUAUUAAUACACUUACAUUAAGUUAAUAACAGUCUCAAGCAUCCUGUGAAAUCCUAGCACCUGGUGUGCUGUCAUUUUCAAUAAAAGUGGACUUCUGUGUCUACAUUAUUUCCAA